GUGGCGUGAGCGCUCAGGAAGUUUUUAAUGAAUCGCUGUUGUGUUUGAGUCCCAGACCAUGAACUACGUUGGUCAGCUGGCAGAGACGGUGUUUGUGACCGUGAAGGAACUGUAUCGCGGUCUGAAUCCGGCCACGCUCACCGGCGGCAUCGACGUCAUUGUGGUUCGCCAGCCUGAUGGCAGCUACCAGUGCUCGCCGUUUCACGUGCGCUUCGGGAAACUCGGAGUCCUGCGCUCCAAAGAGAAAGUGGUGGAUAUUGAGAUCAAUGGAGAGCCUGUGAGCCUGCAUAUGAAGCUGGGAGAUAACGGAGAGGCGUUCUUCGUGGAGGAGAACGAGGAUUUUGAGACGCGGGUUCCCGCUCACCUCUGCACCUCUCCGAUCCCCACGGACGUCCCAGAAGUGUCCGAGAUGACCGAGUCUCCCUCCAGCAUCACGUCCUCCUCCAGCCGCCGCAAAAAACGCCGCAGGAAGCGAGCGCGUUCAGACACGCAUCUGCGAGAGGAGGCCAGUUCCUCCGCAGACGAGAAAGAAAGCCUAGAUCAAGAUGUCCUAAAGGAAGAGUCGCUUUUGGCCGCAAGUAAGUCUGUGUACUACUCGCUGACAGAGGAACCCUACGAGGAACCGUCUGGAGCUCAGAGCAGAGACGUUCAUCCUCACUCUGAGGGAGAGUGUUCUGUUAAUGAGAGUGUGUUCUUCAGUCGUCCCUCCUCUCCUAAGAGUGAUUCAGAGCUGUGUAAGCCGCAGGAGUCUCUAGGGCCUCAGAUGCAAUGGAACUGGGGCGCUUUUCCCAAGGUGUGUCAGGCGGAGAGGGAUGAAUCUGAUUCGCUGCGAGACCCGCACAUCACGCCCUCUGACCACUCCCACUUCCGCACGAUCCAUCGACAAGCAUCUAUUGAUGUGGACAGCACUGACUCUGCAGCGACGGUGACCGUAGUGAGACCUGAACCUCAGAUUGGAACGACUGGCCCUAUUCCAUUAGAUGACACUCACGCAGUUGUUUCGUCUUCGAUUAACACACAACUGGACAUCAAGGUCACCGAAACGCAUGUAGUGACCUUUCAGUCCGCAGACGACUCCUUCCCACAGGCCUGGACUGCACUGGAAAACAAAGAGACCAAAGACUUAACCGUCAGCACAUUUAGCAGCACAGACAAUCACACUCAGACCUAUAACAUAACCAGCUCUACUAACACAAUGCAUGGGACCGGUGCUGUCAGCAGUGCAGCUAGUUCAGACGCCGUGGCUCAUGUAGGAAGCCAAGAAACCUGGGAUGAGAAUAAUGUCUCGGUUACAUCCGAAAUCCAAACCAUCACAUUCGGUGAGACUGAAUCAAAUACGGUUUUAGAAGCAGAAACAGAGGUCAACUCAGCGGACACAAUCACUGUUUUACCAAAACACCAAAGCUCUGUGGGAGACUCAGAGGAGGGGGCGGGAUUAGAGACUUCACUGACCAAUCAGAAUGCAGACGGUGCUGGAGUGACACCAGCUCUUGAGUCCAUCCUCAAAUCAGAGGAUUCGAUGCUUCUUGAGUCCUCGAAAACAGCAGACUCUCAGGACAAGAGGACAGUCAAGCGGAGUCAUCAUUUGGGACCAUCUGAUAUCUAUCUAGACGACCUCUCCAGUCUUGACCCUGAAGCUGCUGCCCUCUAUUUUCCAAAGAGUGAGACAGAGUCGCCGGAUCCGUCUCCUCCCUCGGGUCAGCUGUCGUCUCAGUCACUGGGCAGCGCUAAUGCAGACAGCGGCACCGAAUAUCUGUCCGACUCUACCACAGACACGCUAGACGUGACCAUGUCUCUGUGUGGGAGAGGAGACAUCAGUCAGAUCAGUAAAGCUUUGUGGUCAUUUUGUUUCAGAUAUUAUAACUGGGCUGUGGCAGCGCCAAUGAUUCUGUCAGUUCAGGCUUUCCAGAAGACUUUACCAAAGAGCACCAUUGAGCAACUAGUCAAAGAUAAGAUGCCAAAAAAGUCUGGCCGCUGGUGGUUCUCCUGGAGGAGGAAAGAUCUGAACAAUGUUGCGGGAAGCCAAAAGUCCGACACAGAGGGGAAUCAGCUUGAAGCAUCUUCCGCUAUCGCUGGACACUCUUCACUGAAGAGUUCUGCUGAACUCUCGAGUGAUGAGGAUGGCUCCGUCUCCAUGAGGAAGAACAGUGAAGCGAUGAACACAGCGCAGUGCAUCAGUCAGAUGUACCGCAAAUCCCUCCGGCUGACCUCUGAGCAGAUCGAGAGUCUGAAUCUGCGUGAAGGAGCUAAUACGGUUGUGUUCAGUGUGACCACACAGUAUCAGGGCACCUGCCGCUGUGAAGCCGCCAUUUAUCUGUGGAGCUACGACGACAAACUCAUCAUCUCAGACAUCGAUGGGACCAUCACCAAGUCAGAUGCUCUGGGGCACAUUUUGCCGCAGCUGGGGAAAGACUGGACUCAUCACGGCAUCGCCAAACUAUAUCACAAAAUACAUCAGAAUGGUUAUAAGUUCCUGUACUGUUCGGCUCGAGCUAUAGGCAUGGCAGACAUCACUAAGGGUUACUUGCAGUGGGUAAAUGAUCGAGGAACGGUUUUACCCAAAGGACCGGUGCUACUGGCUCCCAGCAGCCUGUUCUCAGCCUUACACCGGGAGGUGAUUGAGAAGAAGCCGGAGGUGUUUAAGAUCGCCUGUCUCACUGAUAUCCGAGACCUGUUCAGUCCUGUCAGACAGCCCUUCUACGCCGCCUUCGGCAACAGAACUAACGAUGCAUAUGCGUAUAAGGAGGUGGGUGUACCUGAGACUCACAUCUUCACUGUGAACCCCAAAGGAGAACUCAUACAAGAAAAGACCAAAGGAAACAAGUCCUCUUACUCUCAUCUCAGUGAGCUGGUGGAUCACAUCUUCCCCUUCAUCUGUAAAGAUCCUGCCUCCUCCUUCGACUGUCCCGAGUUCAGUCAUUUCUCGUUCUGGAGAGAGCCGCUGCCUCCGCUGGACCUCGCUGACCUGAUCUAGACACAGAUACGCUCCUUCCACUGCUUCUACUCCACACCAGGCAUCUGUUCAGUUAUACCUCUUCCUCAGCAUUUCUUCUCAUUUUCCUGUACUGUUCAUAUGAGCUGAAUGUGUCUGUGCAUUUACAGCCAAACCUGCUGUAGCAUUGAAACUGGAGGCAAGCACGCAUGCAAACACGCACAAACACAUGACACAUGCUGGGUGGAGAAUGUGCAAUGAUGAUAGCACAACACUACACUGAGCAUCUCUUUCUUCAUCAGAAAUGCUCAGAGAAGCUCUUCUUACCCACAGAUAGAAACAAACACAUUAAACCGAGUGCCUUCAUGCAAACCUGUGCACUGUGACUAUAGUACUGGUCUGGGGUUCUCACGAAUGUGGUCAUUUUAACUUCUCUGCCAAAUAAUGGCCUAUGACAGUUUCUAGGGGGUUUUCUAUUAUUAAUUGUGUCCUUUUUAAAUACUUUUUUACACUUGCUGGUUUCUGUAAAAGUGUGAGUUUGUUUUAUCAGCAAAUACUUUAUAUAGCUGAAUUGUAUUUUAUUUAUUUUGAACAUUCAAAUUGAGCUAAAACAAAGACAGUCUAUAUAUAUUUGGCUUCCAUUUAUUGUAUUUAAAAGAACAUUGAAACAAUAAAAAUUUCACUUUAAAUUUCACCUGACUGGACUUUCAGACAUCUAGUUAGUGGUGUUUCCCAAAGUUUAU